ACCUCAGGCUCAGAAGCCUGAGAAUCCAUUUGCCGUAGCUAGCUGUUAAAGUUGCGUAAGUACUUGAAGUUGUGGAACAAGAACAACAAAAAAGGACACCACACUGAUGAGGAUUCGUUUAUUGGCUUUAAAAAGAGGGUUUGUCUUUACACAGUAACCAGCUAAGAGCAUAUUUUGGUGUAUUUUUUAAGCAAAAUGUUUUCGUUAUCGACGUCAUUACGGAUCCUCCUUGUUGGACCUCCAGGAACAGGAAAAACUCUGUUAGCCCGAGCUGUAGCCGGGGAGGCCGACGUACCUUUCUACUAUGUCUCCGGAUCAGAGUUUGACGAGAUGUUUGUGGGUAUUGGCGCCAGUCGAAUCAGAAACCUUUUUAAAGAUGCAAAAGCCAGCGCUCCUUGCGUCAUCUUCAUUGAUGAGUUGGACAGCGUGGGUGGGAAGAGGGUUGAGUCUGCUAUGCAUCCUUACUCCAGACAAACCAUCAACCAGCUGCUGGCUGAAAUGGACGGAUUCAAAUCAAAUGAAGGGGUCAUUGUUAUUGGCGCUACAAACUUUGCAGAAGCUUUGGACACUGCUCUGGUGAGACCUGGGAGGUUCGACAUGCAGGUGACGGUCCCUCGCCCUGAUGUGAAAGGCCGCAAAGAAAUUCUCAACUUGUACCUCUCAAAGAUCAAAGUGGACCCUGCCAUUGAUGCAGCGGUUAUUGCCCGAGGCACAGUGGGCUUCUCUGGAGCAGAGCUUGAGAACCUGGUGAACCAGGCAGCCCUGAAGGCAGCAGUGGAUGGGAAAGAGAUGGUUACACUGAAGGAGCUGGAAUUUGCUAAGGACAAGAUCCUCAUGGGUCCUGAGAGGCGCAGUGUUGAGAUAGACAAAAAGAACAAGACCAUCACAGCAUACCAUGAGUCCGGCCAUGCUAUUGUUGCUUAUUACACCAAAGGCGCAAUGCCAAUAAAUAAGGCUACCAUAAUGCCCAGAGGGCCAACCCUCGGCCAUGUGUCCAUGCUCCCAGAGAACGAUAACUGGAGCGAGACACGAGCCCAGCUGCUGGCUCAGAUGGAUGUCAGCAUGGGGGGCCGGGUCGCAGAGGAGCUCAUCUUUGGAGACAACGACAUUACCACAGGAGCCUCCAGCGACUUCGAUGGUGCAACCCAAAUAGCUAAAAUGAUGGUAACCAGAUUUGGCAUGAGUGACAAGCUCGGGGUCAUGACCUAUCGAGACGUAUCCAAGCAGAGCCCGGAGACACAAGCUGCCAUCGAGCAGGAAGUCAGGGCUUUACUCAAGGAGUCGUACGAGCGAGCUAAAAGCAUCCUGAAAACUUACAACAUGGAGCACCAGAAGCUAGCAGACGCUCUGCUCAGAUAUGAAACUCUAGAUGCCAAAGAGAUCCAGAUGGUGCUUGAAGGAAAAGCUCUGGACCACUAGAAGUUUAAAACUUUUAAAUUGUGUAAAUAAGAAGCCUUCUCUUUCUUGUGUGUUGAUAAAGUGAAGAGUACAAUGAACUAAUCAUAUUUCACUCUUUUCAUGUAUUUUAGUUGGAUCUUUUUCUUGACAUUUCCAUCAAAACAAAUAAAAUCCUGGAUUUCUUUGUUUUCAUACCAGUUUUAAAUGGCUUCCUAAAGAGAUGUUUUCGGUCUUUGAGUUAAUUGAAGAUAGGUCAGCUUUACUCACAACAGAAGACCUCUGUAGUAGUUUUUUUUUUUUUUUUUUUGGACUGUUGCAUAACUUCAUUGUGGAUACGGUCGGACCUUAAAGUAUCUUUGUCAAAUGUGCUCUUCAGCUGCAUAAAGCUCCAGAUGUUGCUGGACUCUUUCCUGAAGAGUUCAUUAUUUUUAUGCAUUUCUCUCACGUACUCUUGUUUUUUUAUUUAUUUAGGUGCCCAAAGGUGUGUUCUUUCUUUAUUUCUUUCUUUAUUUCAUCCCAACUAGUGAUGGGUCCUUUUUUAGGCCUGUAAGAAGAGCUGUGUGUGAUAAAUGAGAGGAUUUCACGCUGUGUAAAAUACUAAAAGCCUAAAAGUAUGAACUUGGUGCUUCUUGUAGACGAAGACCUUGAAACUCAAUAAAAACUACACU